GACCGCCGCGACGCCGACCAAUCUCCUUCAUUACCCGCCGCAAAAACAAACACUAUAAUUAUCUAAGUGCGAUAAAACGAUACAACGCGUUAUCAUCGAGCGAUAACUAACCACACAGAUAACAGAUAAACUCCGAAGUGGUCGACGCCAGUGCUUGUGCUGUGUAUUAUGUAAAGAUCCAAAAGUAGAUUUCCAAUAAUGACUACCAUGGCUGGACCUCGCAAGACCAUUUCUAUUCACGACUAUCCUGAACACCUGAAUCCGUUCAGGGAAGAGGACAACCACAACAAAAUAAGGUUCUGGACCAUCGGAAGGAAGCUCAGCCGGUCCAAUAGUAUCACCUUCAAGGACCUUAAAAAUUCAUGGAGUUUUCGGUCGUUCAUGAAGAAAGGUAAAAGAGAACCACCAAAGGAAAUAGAAAAGACGAAUCAUCAAGCCAAUGGAGAUCAUUUGGUUGAAUACCGAAAUGCAUUGCAAUACUCGUCAACAUCUGUACCGGCCCAGUCUCGCAACACAGUGGGCUCGCCCGAGCGCGCCGACCGGUACGUGUACGGCGGCUCCGUAACGCCGCUGCCUCGGUCACGCUUUCAGGAGCGACUGCGAAGCCCUAGCAACUACGACGUCAAUUCGCUGAGCGCUACUCCCCGAAUGGCUCGCAGCGAAAUAUCAGGAUCGCGGCACAGCGUAGGAAGCACCAAUCCUUUCGACGAUAAUGAACCGGUAGCACCAGUACGCGCUCCUCGGCGUAAAAAGAAAAGGGCGGCUCCACUACCGCCGGUACCCAGCACCUCCGUCACCGCCGACGACUCAGUCAAUGCAACAACCCAACAGUCUGACUUGGAAACCAGCAGUCACAGUGUAUCAGAAAAAAUUGAAAUCAAUGAAACCGGAACCACAGAUUUAAAUGAUAUACAUUCAAGUAGUCCUAAAGAAAUAAAAGAAAGUAACAAUGUGAUAAUACCCAAUAUCGAAGAAGAAAUUGAAGAUUUAAACUGUAAUAUUGAACUUAAAAUAGUUGAAGACGAGGAAGAUCAACCACGACAAGAUGAUAACAAUUCUAAGAAUGACAAUGACAUCAUUACAGCCACCAGUUUGUCAUCAUUACAAGAAAAAGAUAACGAAAAAGAUAUCACUUCAAAUACAGUAAUAAAAACUGGUUCAGAAGAUGAUAUCUUAGACAAGGUGUCAUUUUCUAAGGUAGAUAUAAUAAAAUACAGAAGAAACUCUAGCGUUAAUGACGACGAUAUACGUCUGCGGCGAGGUAACUUAGAAGAUUUCCAUGCACUUUCAAAUAAACGAAGUAAAAGUUUAACAAAUACUUUAGAUGAUUCUUAUGUGGGUUAUGACAUUAAUUUAAACGAAGAUAAGACGAAGGACGCAAACGAUAACGACGAACCACUGAAAGUUGCCAGAAAACCUAGUAUUGAAACAAUGUCGAGUACAGAACACGAAUUCAUCGAAAUAGAUAGAGCCACACGUGAACUUGAAAGAGAAAUAAGUAAACUUAACUCUGCUCUCACAGAAGAUGAUCUAUCAUUUGAUGUUUCGCGUCGGUCAGUUUCCGACAUGAAACAAUUUUUUGAUAAGAACAAUGCAUCAUCACCUAACCCAAUACCAAAGCCAAGGAGAAGUCACUACGGAGACAAAAAUACCUUAUCGAUAAAUGGUAAUAAUAUAAAUACAUAGAUUUUUCCAUGGCACUGAGAGGGUAAAGAAUAAAAUUAAAGAUAAAUUGGAAAUAUGAUAAUACGAUCUCAAGUUUCUAGGAAUCAUCCAUAGAAGUGCCUUCGUUUUGCCACAAGGUUAUGAAAAAAAAUCAAGUAAUAUUUAUAUUAUAAUAUUAUAUUUGUGAGAGUGCCUUUGUGUCAUCAUAAGGUAAUAACAUAUUUCCUAUUUAAAGUAAUUCAUGUUAGCUGACAGUCUUGAAUCUAGGAGACUGACGGUUUGCCAUAAAAAACAUGUUGUAGUCUUUAUUUGUGAUAAUUGCAUAUAGUGCAAUAAUAUUUCCUAUGUAAUAUUAAUGAUAUAAUGCAUCACUAAAAAUGUAAGAACACUUUUUUUCAUAAUGUAUGUAUAUUGCAAAGUUUUCACAAACAUUUGAAUUUGCUGUAAUUUAUUAUGGUGCAAUAGAGUUAUUGUUUUGUGUUUAUGUAUUAUAUAGAUAGUGUAAAAAAUAUUUUAGAGAAAAGGAUAUUUCCUCAAAAUAUGUAUUUUUAAAGUGAAACACAUUUACUGUUUGUAAUAAAUCUUAAUGUACAUUCUUAUAUGAGAUAAUUAAUAAUUAAAAAAUAUUUUUCCUGCCUUUUUUCUCGGGAAAGUUAUUUAAUUAUAUUCUCAUGAUAAUUGAUGUCAAUAAAUUGAAUGUCAUUUUGUGGAGGAUAAUACAUAAUUAAACAUGCUUUUAUUAACAACGCCACUGGUUCUAUUACAAUGUUACUAUGUUAUCAAAUAUUUUACUUGUUUUAUCACAUACAUCGGAAUUGUUUAAGAAUAUUUUGUUUCUAUAAAGCAAAAACAUGGAAUUUGUAUUUUUUAAGUUUAAUUUAUUGAAUUUGUUCUUUACGGUCAAGGGGACUAUACUCAAUAUAUUCCGAACUUAAAUAUUCUUUUCAAAAGGCUUUUCAAAACUAUCCGGUUCCUUGCAUUUAGGUAUAAAAACAAAUAAAUAAAAGCAAUAAGUGAGUAAACCUUUAGUUAUAUUAUAUGUUUUCAAUGUUAUUUGUAUUUAUUUAUUUUUUAUUAGAAACGUUGGGUUUAGAGUUUAUAGUGUGUCAGUUGCACUGUCGUUGUUGUUUAAUAAAUAUUUAUCAAGUCCUAA